AUGGCCAACGCAGCACAGGCCCUUGCCCAGGCGUUGCAACAAGACGGAGAAAUAUAUGUGGAGACCAGCAAACUGCAAGAUGUCAGUGUCGCCGAGCUCAGCAGGGCCAUCGCCAGGGGCACGGUCAUCUAUGAGAACGCAGAUAAACGCGUCGCUGUUGUGCGCUUUGCGCUGCCGCGGUCGGGCGGUGAGCUGCAUGUCGCAAAGGCCACAUGGCUGGCCGACGGCGACUCACGCGCCGAGGCGCUCGGCGCGCUCGUGUGCGCCGAGGUGCGCGCAUACAAGCUGCUGCAGUCCGGCGGCGUCGCGCAUCCAAACGUGGGCGCGCUCGACGCCGCGGCGUGGGCGGCCAGCGGCGGCGCCGCCGCCGCCCAGGCGUCACCAGCUCCCAUGGGUGACGCUGGUGGCCCAAACAUCGCGUCACCGCGCCAUCUGGACGGCGGUGGCAGCUGCAGCAGCGGAAGCUACGUCGUGCUGAUCCAGCGCUACUAUGGGGGUCAGACGCUGGACUCUUACGUCGCGGCGCGCAUCGCGGCGGCGCCCAAGCGCAUGGCGCCGGGGGCGCUUGAGUUCGAACGCAUCCUGCUGCCUCUGGUGGAGGGUGUGGCCGGCGCCAUCGCGCACGCGCAUGGCAUGGGACUGACGCUGCGAGACUUCAAGCCAGGGAACGUCCUCAUUAGCGACCGCCCCGCCUGCGCCGACGGCAGCUGCGCCGCCGCCGCCUCUUCGCCCGCGGCCGUCCCCGUGACCGGCGCCCCCUGCGCCGGCGCCCCCGGUGCCGCGAGGCGCGGCCGCGGCGGCCUGCCGGCUGUGCCCAUCCUGAUCGACUUUGACGGCGCCGUCCCGACUGGCGAGGAGGCAGCAACAGCAGCAGCCGGCGAGUUCGCAUACACCCCGCCGUACGUCGCCCCCGAGCUCGCGCGCGCCGCGCUCGCCGCCGCCGCCGCGGCCGGCCGCCCGCCGCGCGUCACGGGCGCGGCGAUGGCGCGGCACGCGCCCAAGGGGGACGUGUUUGCCUUUGGCAUUGCCGUGUGGCAGCUCGCGCACGCGGGGGCGGCGGGGGUGCCGUACCCGUUUGCGCGCGGCGACCCCACCUUUUCAAACGAGGCCGCUUGGCUGGAGGCGAUAGCAGAGGACGCGCUCCCGGCGAAUCCGCUGCUGUCGCCGCCGCUGCUGCGUCUGAUCAAUCAGUGCCUCGAAAAAGACCCCUCGCUGCGCCCCGACAUGGCGGCCGCCGCGCAGCUGGUCGGCGAGUGGCGGUUGCUGUUGGAUGCGGCGCCCGCGGCGGAGGGCGGGCGGCCGGCGGCGGCUGCGGCUGCGUGGGCAGGGGACGCGGUGGUGCAGCAGCAGCAGCAGCAGCAGGAGCAACAGCAGCAGCAGCAGCAGCCGCCGCAGCAGCGGCUGCGGUCGGCCGAGCGCGGGGACGCUCAGGUGGUCGUGGUGACUUGGGAGCAGCUCGCGGCAGACCGAUGGCACUUUAUAGGUCCCUGCGGGUCGCGGCGCGGGCCGGCCAGUCGUGCGGCGCUGCUCUCCGGCCUCAAGGCCGGCCGGCUUUCCGGCGUGACACCGGUGAUCGUCUGGCCGUCUGCCAAGGCAGGCAGAGCCACCAACGGCAGAAGUGACGUCGCCGGCGCGCUCGUGCCGCUGGCCGCGCUGGCGCCGCUGCUGGCGGAGUCGCUCGCCGCGCGGGGCCGCGGGCGCUGGGGCGCACGGCCGGCCGGCUCCUGCGGCAGCUGCGGCCUGUGCGCGGGCUGCAGGGGCUGCGGCGCGGCGCCGCGGCUUGGCGCGGCCGAGCGGCUGGCCGGGCGAGAGGCCGUUCACCCCUAUUCGUCAGCCCCCCACACCAAACUGGGCCAUUACGUCGGCGGCGGCAGCGGCGCCGGCGGCGCCCCGCGAGCCGAGCUGCUGCGCCGCAAGGCGCAACAGUGGCGCCGUCGCGCGGGCGCCUGGUGCCACGCCGCGCGUGCGGCGCCGGGCAAGCUCGGGCACUUGAUGGGGGGCGCGGCGCUGCGGGCAGCCGGGGCGGGCCGCAUCAAGGCUUGCUGGAAGGGCCCGGGGGAGCUGUCUCACCAUCAAGAUGCGGCGCGGCCGCUCGUCCUUGCGGAAGCUGGCAGCAGCUGCAGCAGCGCCGGCAGCGGCGGCGGCAGCAGCCGCACAUCGCCAGAGCCGUGUGCAGGGUUGGGCGCUGGCACAGGCGACGGGCUUGAGGGCGGCAGCGGCUCCUGGGGCAGCGAAGGAAGCAGCGCGGGCGGUGGAGGCUGCGACGCAGCGCCCGCCAAAGCGGCCCGUGCGUGGGUGUAG